AUGCCAGCAUCAAACCCUGCUCGGGGUGCUCGACCUCGGAAGAAGCCGGCACAAAGCAAGCAGGAGGUGGAACCGACGCUGGAAGCCACAGUGGUCGUCGGAACGUACGAUGGUGGACUACUUGGCUUUGGAUUAGAUGAUGGAGCUCAGAGAUUCGGUUAUGCGCCGCAUGUGGGCUGCAUCAAGACAGUACACUGCAACCAGGAGGGCAAGCUUGCUUCUGGCGCUACAGACAAUGCGGUCCGUCUCUUCGACCUCUCCAAGAGGGUUGAGCUUGGAGAGCUGCAGGAACAUCAGGACUCUGUGUCGGCCUUGCAGUUUUGGAAGAACACCCUGGUUACUGCAAGCAGUGACGGGCAGGUUUGUGUCUGGCGCGGUGGAGAUUUUGAGCUCCUCCUUAAGUUCCAAGGCCACAAGGCUGCAGUUACCAGCCUGGCUGUCCACCCUUCUGGACGCAUGAUAGCCAGUGCUGGUCGAGACAGUCGGAUACAGCUUUGGGACUUGACGCGGGGGACUUCGGCUGCCCACCUCACCUUGCAGGAAAACGCCGAGGUCCUGGAGUGGUCCCCAUGCGGGGAACGGCUUGGAGUUUUGAGUCAGCGGGAGCUGUUAGCCGUGCAGGUGAAAACGAACGCCACGGCCUCCCUCAAAGAUCCCUCUUCAGGUGGCUUUGUACGAAUCAAUUUUACUUCCAUAACAUGGUUGUCUUCCGGCCUGCUUGCGCUUGGAGACGCGAAGGGCGAAGUGCGGAUCCUGAAUCACAGCAGCGACGCAUUGACUCAGGCAUGCGUGCUGCCAAAGGAAGCUGACGCACCUUCAGCCCGGGUCAAAUCCCUGGUCGCCUGCGCCCUCCGCUUGCUAGUGGGGUUGAGCAGCGGCGAAGUGGAGGUCUGGGAAACGCCAGACAGGCUUGCAGCAAAGGCAACGCCGGUGGCCGAGGACUUCAAGAAGCUGCGCGUAGUCGAGACAAAGAGCCGGCUGACGUGCCUGGCCGUCUGGGAUCCUCAGGCAGCGAGCAACGGUCAAGGCAAGAAGCAGAGGAAAAGCAUGACCCGUGGGCGCUCACGGGAACGAAGUUCCUAG